AUGAGUACAAACGAUUACGUACAUUAUGUGUCUCAAAAAUACCGCGUAGCCGUCGCCAUUGCUAUUCUAAAAAGUAAACCUACAGAAUUAACAGUAAACCAAUAUGUGGACGUGCUAAAAAACAAAUUAAUUGAAACAAUGGAUGUAGAUGCAAUCAGUAUCAAUAGCAACGAUUUCAACUUCGACGAAGAAGUUCUUAUUGAAUUCAAUCAAAGCCUUAAUGGUGCUAAUGAAAAUGAUAAUUCGCGUAAUGAAAGUAAUGAUUAUAGCGAUACGCAUAUUAGCCAGUCACAGUUUGAUAAUAUUGAAAUAAGACAAAAUUUCGUGUAUGGAAAUAAACUUAUUUCGAAUAAACAUGGCGGUAAUUUACAAAGUAUUUGUCAAGAAAAUAUAGCCAAUGAGAAAGAUUUUGAAAUGAAUGUACAAGACAGACAAAGUAUAAUAGAAAAUGGGCAAAAUAUAGAAGACGAUAUAAACGGAUUACAAGAUAUUGUAGAAAAUAAAAACAGUGAACAAGAAGUCGACAUACAAGUACAAAAUGGAAAUAACGUUCAAAAUGGGGAGAUGCAAGUACAAAAAGAAAAUAAUUUUCAGAAUGAAGAGAUACCAGUACAAAAUGUAAACAAAAUGGAAAUAACACAAAUGCAAUGUACUGAAAUCGAUUACGUCAUUGACAGGAAAGGUAAAAGAUAUAAAUUAUUACAGAACUUUCCAACGAACAAACAGAAUUCAUAUGAAUGGACUUUAAUUGAAAAUUCACAAGAUUCUAAUACGAACGAUACCAUACGAGAACAGGAAAUAGAAAAAAAUAAAACAGGUAUUACGGAAAUUCAAGAUGGCAAUAUAGAUAAGAAACAUAAUAAUAUUCUAGUAGUACAUAAAGAUUCAGAAAAAGAAUUAAUACCUUUCAAAGUGGUAGAAGAAUUGAACAAAGUAAAGAAUUACUUGAACAAACGACUUGAUAAAAAAGAAGAUGGCUACCUCACAGAUUCGGGGUACAGGAGUGACUCGCAUAGUCGAAUUCAAUUGUCACAGAACUGGUUGAACCAAUCGGCAUACAGUUUAUUCGCUCACUUAGCACAAUGUCCGCUGGUAGCUGCUACCGAUGACAUCACUAAGGAAAUAUCACAGGUAAUAGGUAAUUUGAUAGACAAGUUGCAUGAAGAAGAAAAAUACCCUUCAUUUCUAGAAGAUAUAUUGCAGACCAUCGAAAGAUUGCUUGAAGGUAUUUUCAAAGGCAAUAGCUGCAGUGAAAACGUCUUAAUGAAUAAAGAAGAAAACUUCCAGCGUCUAUGUUUACUAAACAGAUCUAUUCAUACGUUGAAUUAUACCAUAGAUAAAGUAACACAAAUACUUGAAGCAGUUCAUACGAAUUUAAUGAACGCGGAGAAUUUGUAUGAAAUCAUAAAUAUAGAAGAAGUAGAAAACCUGACCUAUAUAUUUCACAUAAUUGAGACGUUGGUACCGGAAUAUAUGAUGCUGAAGAACAGAAAUCUCGGCCAGAUACAGAGUCAAGAAGAUAAAAUAUUAAAAAAGAGUUCCGUAACGGAGAUUUGGCGGAAAAAAUGGAAUCCAAAUUUGAAAGAAGAAAAGCAUUUUGAGGGUAGCUGUGAAAAAAAAUGUACAUUAACUAAAUUAGCCCAGAUUUUAAACAAAAUUGUAGUAAAUUGCAUUGAUGGUUAUAGUUUACUGGCAUUUGCUGCGUUGCAAAGUUACAACUUAAUGCAAAAAUAA